AUGGGUAGUAGAACAAUUUUCGGUGAGUUAUCUCUUUUAUUUAGAGGCAAGAGAACUGCAACUGUAAAAACUUAAGAAGCAUGCUAUGUAAUUGUAAUACCUGGAGAGAGCUUUAAUAAAUUCAUGAGAUAGCCAAUGCUGAAGAAGCUUAAUAUUAUCAUUUCAUUUUACAGGUCUUUGAACUUCAUGGAUGGUCUGGAUAAUAAUACUUUACUCAUUAUUGCAUCAAAGACCAGUAUUACAAAUUUGUAAUCUAACACACUAGUUGCUAGAUAAGAUAAUAAAUCAAAGUAUCUCUAUUUCAUCAAGAAAGGAAGAGUUAAAAUUCUGAGAAAUAUUGAGAUUAUUGAUCAUUCAAAUAAGGAGAUUACAGUUGAAAACUACAAAAUGCUCUUUAAGGAACCUGAGGAAUUUCAUAGGAAAAAGGGUAUGACAAAAUACUUGCUGCUCGAACUAACCGAACUUGGGCAAUAUGAGUGCUUUGGUGAGGAUUCAGAUACUGUAUCAAACUUCGUUUUAACUCCUCAAGAUAUAAGCAAGAAAUAAUUGCCAUAUUCAGUUAUAUCUUGUCAGCCAUUAGAAUGCUAUUGUAUUGGGAAAUCUGAUUUUUACGAGUAUAUAUCUGAUACUACAAGAAAGCAGUUUUUGAAGUAUUUAAGAACUUAUCCUAAUGAUAAGGAACUUAGAAGAUUUUACUUUGAACAAACUAAUUGGUAAGAGUUUAGAAAUUUCUUUGUCAAAGAUAGAGUAAGCACUCCUUCCCAAAUUAAAAGAGAUCCAAGAAGAAUGUAAGAAAUAUAAGAAGAGGAUAGAUUUCAAGCAAGAAAAAAAAGUGAGAUCAUUUUGCCCAAGAUAAAUAAGAGAGCAUAAAAUAGAUAACGAAUCAUGGGUUGGAAUAAAAUGAAAUAAGAGGCUCAACUUGAAAAAGCUGGUAUUAAAGGAGCUUCUAGGAAUAAAAGUAUGGAAAAUGCUUAUGGAACCAGUCCAAUUGAAAUGCUUGCUUAAAUGGCAAAUAUGAAGAGAGAUUCAAAUAAUACUUCUUCAAUGCUAUGA